UGGUCACCCCCCAACGUCCCUGAAUAUGUAUACCUGUGCAAAGUUCGUCUCCACUUCCACCCUCGUGAGGAGCGGUUCCCGGUUGCUCUGCAGGCCCAUCUCUGCCUCUCUGCUGAACCGGCCGGAAGUCAGGACAGAUGAGCCCCGCUGCAUCACGUCUACACAGAACGAGCUCUUGCCGGUGUUGUGCCGGGCGUUCCAGACAAGCGCCGUCUCCAGAGACAUUGACACUGCCGCCAAGUUUAUUGGCGCUGGUGCUGCCACCGUGGGCGUGGCUGGCUCCGGCGCUGGUAUCGGGACCGUAUUCGGCAGUCUCAUCAUUGGUUAUGCCAGAAACCCUUCCUUGAAGCAGCAGCUUUUCUCCUAUGCCAUCCUAGGGUUUGCGCUCUCCGAGGCCAUGGGACUGUUCUGCCUGAUGGUGGCAUUCCUCAUCCUCUUCGCCAUGUGAAGAAGCCGGAUGUGCCCGCUUGCCGGGCGCUCCCCU